AUGAUUUUUUUCUCAUCAUUCACAGACGGUGUCUCCACCAAUCAUCUUGUGACACUAUACGAGAGAAAGUUGGGACGGGCACUUGACAAGGUUCUCAAGUUGCAAGGCCAUGUGGAGUCGUUAAAGAGCUCGUCGGAUGAGCUAGCGGCUAAGGCGGAACAAGCCUGGCUGAGGGAUCGGGAACUCGAAGAAGAGGUCGUCGCUGUUCAGUCAGAAAAGUCUUCAUUGGAAACCUAG